UUACAAUUUUCACUCUUUUACUGUACAAUUUACAGAGGAUAAAAGAGAGAGAAAGAAGGGAGUCAUGGUUAUGCCGAAAACAGCAAUACGUCCUGCUUCCUUAAAGCGACGAAAGAGAAAGCACAAAUUCAACCCAUUUUAUCUUACAAAUACCAUAAUGUGAUACAUUUUCAGGUAUAGAUGACCAAGACUUGUGUAGGCUUCAGUGCUUAGGGGCAGUGGGCUGAUAAAGAUUUGGGCUUUAAGUUAUCAUGGACAGAUGAUUAGAUUGCAUGUGAUUCUAUGUGCAAUUGUUUGUUGGUUUAUGGAUGAAGACUUGAGAGUUUGUCUAUGCAAUGUUUAGUAGACUAGUUUCCCUGGGUAGGCAUUGUGUGCAACUUCCAAGUUUCUUUCUGGAAGACCUAAAAACGGAGUUCAGUUCUUUACCGCGGCUUGAGGUUUUUAAGGAAUUGCUCAUUUGGAAAAUUAAGAGAUGAUUCAAUGUUUCAAUUGAUGGACCAGUGCAGUACAUAGGUAGAGGAACUUACAGAAAGCCUUUGUUUCAGAUUUUAUUUUAGUAGGACUAGACAACUUCACGAUGGGUUUGCCUCAAGUAUCCUCUGGUGGAUCGAAUGAGGAACGUCUGGCACAACUGAGCCAGUCCCAGAAUACCCACUGCAGUAGUAUGAACACGUGCUAUCUGGAUGGAUUGUGUGAAGAAAAUGAAACCCCACUGUGUGGAAAUUCGGCGAUCUCUUCAACAGGAGAAUUGUCAAAGAGUGGAGAAGAGGGUGUAGAUACUUGUGACGGCUCUUUCAACCUAAGAAGGAAUAGAGAUAUUGUGCCAUAUGUUCCUAGAGGGAAAUUUGGGCCAGAGGGCAUUCGUUGUAGGAAUGCUAAACAGGAGGUGGAUAUUACUCCUGUUUCUAGGAUCGUAGGAUUUCAAGCAAAUAAAACUAUAUGCUGCGGUGAAUUGAGUAACAGUGGUUCUUCCGAUGAGGUUGAUCGUGCUGUGAAUUAUACUGGAUCAUAUGGUGUAGCACUUCGAAAGAGAAUGCUUUCACCUUUGAGCCAACUUAUACUCCCUGACAACUGCGAACGUGAUGUUUUGAACCUUGGAUAUGGGAUGCUGUCUUCUGUCAGUACUGAGAAAACAUGCAGUGCAGGGGAACAAGACCCUAUGAAAGAAAACUCUGGAUUGAAAGAUCAAAUGAGUACCUCGAUCUCGUCAUUCUCUUACUGCAGAGAGCGGUUAAAUGCAUAUCAUGAAAAUAGUAGAAAGACCUCAUAUUUUUUGAUUGAUGGCCCAUCACCAGUAGAUCAGGAAUUAUCUGAUGUUAUUUUAUCCUCUCAUGGACUUGGCAACCUAGAAAAAUCAAGCGUAGUAAAAAGUCAUGUUGGGGGUAACUUUUUAUGCAUGGAACGAAUGACCUCCCAUUCUCUACCAUCAUCUCCCCUUGGUCGGAAAUCUUUUGAAAGGACAGAAACUGCAGAUGGGUUUAGGACUGUAAGAAGACAGUUAGAGAGUGAAUGCACAGCAAUUAGUAAUAUUAGACUGUCACUUGAUGGAUCUGGUGUUGCCACAUAUUUUUCUGCCGAAAAAGAGGGUUGCAAUGUCACUAGAAAACAAGAGGAAGACUUUCGUCCGGCAUCGUUGGAUUCUUCUGGGGGGUUUAGCUGGCCAUUUUCUCCUGAUUCGGCCUCUAAUCUUCAUUGCAUAAAGCCAACUAAAACUUUGAGUAGACAUUGUGCGCGUAGGUCAUUGGUUGGCUCAUUUGAGGAAUCCCUUUUGUCUGGUAGAUUCCCCUUUGGUAGUGUGUAUCAGAAAAUUGAUGGCUUUCUAGCUGUUCUAAGUGUUACCGGGGGGAAAUUUUCACCAAAGUCACAGAAACUUCCAUUUUCUGUUUCCAGCGUGGAUGGAGAUAGCUAUUUACUCUACUAUGCACCCAUAGCUCUUCCAAGCAAGUCUGCUUCCAAUGGGAAUUCAGGCCACAAGUUCCAAAGAAGUCUUGGCAAUGGCGAUACGCAAGUUGACAGAAAUCGACUGCACAUUCCCAUGAAAGGCCAGAUACAGCUGGUCCUCAGCAACCCGGAAAGAACCCCUAUUCAUACCUUCUUUUGCAAUUAUGAUCUGAGUGACAUGCCUGCUGGUACCAAGACAUUCCUGCGUCAAAGAAUCACACUUGCAUCUACUAAAAUUUCUGCUGAACCUGAACAACAUAAAGUGCGUGAGAUGACGGUGAAGGAGAGAACUACAGCAGCUUCAGAUAACAAUCCUUCAGUUGGACUCGACAUGCCAUCAAGAAUUGCAUGUAGUACAAGAUCCACUUUUCCAGUCAAAAGUGAUGAAAUUUCUAACUUAGCAGGUUCUAUAGGGAAAGGUGUACGACACAAAGCGUGCAAAAAUUUAGGAGAAAGUGAAGGUCAAGACACUUGCCAUGAAAAUGAGAAGAGAGCAUCACUUGGUUCAUUUAAGGUUAAAGAGAACCUUAGCUGUUCUGGAGCCCUACGUUAUGCUCUGCAUCUUCGUUUUAUUUGCCCUCCACUAAAGAAAUAUUCUCCAAGAGGUAAUUCCGGAGAAAAUGAACGGGAAAGGAGAUUCUACUUGUACAAUGACCUUAGAGUUGUAUUUCCUCAAAGGCAUACGGAUUCUGAUGAAGGCAAGUUGAAUGUUGAACACCAUUUCCCAGCAGAUCCAAAGUAUUUCGACAUUGGCGACUAAUUUAAGUGCAUUUCUAUCUCCCUUUUUUUUUAUUUACUCUGUACAUAUUUUAAAUCUACAUGUUCAUAAUGAUUCCAUCUUGGAGUCUUGUUAAACAUACUUUCUUCUGUACAGUUGACUAUACCACGAAUUAAUAAAUUUCGCAAUUUCUUUUA